AAAAAGGGCCCAUUAAAAAUAGCCCACACAAAAAAACAGUAACGUCGACAAGGAAGAAGAGGUUUGCAUUUUAGCUGUUAAUGUUCUGUCGUUUGAUUCGAAGCUUUCCCUGUAACAACUACUGUAAACACAAUCGGUGGAUGGCUCCACUAAAGAAAUCCAAGAAGACUAAGAAAGAUUCAAAGAAGCUGAAGAAAAUCAAAAGCAAAAACAAGAAAAAUAAAUCCAUCAACAUUGUUCCUGUUGAGAACAAAGGAACUGAAUGCGAUUGGUGGGAUAGUUUCUGGCACAAGAAUUCACUAACCCCAGGUUCUGGUGUACCUAGUGAUGAAGAGGAAGGUUUCAAGUAUUUUUUCCGUGUUUCCAAGAAGACUUUUGAUUACAUAUGUUCACUUGUAAGGGAGGACCUUAUCUCAAGACCUCCUUCAGGUCUGAUAAACAUUGAGGGAAGGCUUCUUAGUGUUGAGAAGCAAGUUGCGAUUGCAUUGAGAAGAUUGGCUUCGGGUGAAUCCCAAGUUUCAGUUGGGGCAUCAUUUGGUGUUGGGCAGUCCACUGUGUCUCAGGUUACCUGGAGAUUCAUUGAGGCAUUGGAAGAACGUGCAAAGCACCAUCUUAAGUGGCCAGAACCUAGUAAGAUGGAGAUAAUCAAGUCCGAGUUUGAACGAUCAUUUGGCUUGCCUAACUGUUGUGGAGCAAUUGAUGCAACUCACAUCAUAAUGACCCUUCCUGCUAUUCAAACCUCAGAUGAUUGGUGUGAUCAGGAAAACAAUUACAGCAUGCUUUUGCAAGGUAUCGUGGACAGCGAGAUGCGUUUUUUAGAUAUUGUGACAGGAUGGCCUGGGGGCAUGACCACUUCCAGGCUGUUCAAGUGCUCUGGAUUUUACAAACUCUGUGAAAGUGGUGAUCGUUUAAAUGGAAAUGUCAAAGUUGUGUCUGAAGGAGCAGAAGUUAGAGAGUACAUUCUAGGAGGAUUUGGUUACCCUCUUCUUCCAUGGCUUAUUACACCUUAUGAAGGUGAUGAGCUCUCGGAUCCCAUGCUAGAUUUCAAUGCGGUGCAUGAGACUGCAAGUUCAGUUGCAGUAAAAGCGUUCUCGCAAUUGAAGGGAGGUUGGAGAAUCCUUAAUAAGGUUAUGUGGAGACCUGAUAAACAGAAGCUCCCUAGUAUCAUCCUCGUGUGUUGUUUACUUCAUAAUAUUAUCAUUGAUUGUGGAGACAAAUUACAUCCUGACGUUGCCGUAUCUGGUCAUCAUGACCCAGGAUAUGAGGGACAGAGCUGCAAGCAGAUCGAAUCAGUGGGGAGAUUAAUGAGGGGCAGAUUAACUAAACACUUACAGGUUACCAAAACAGAAGGGUCGAUGUAGAUGAUCGUCUAACGCUGCAUGUGAAAAAUUGCAGUGAUUUUCUUAUCAUGGGCAUCUCUUUUCCAAGGAAAUAGAGGGCCUUUUCAAAGACUUUUGUUUCAAACCAUGCCGAAGAUAUAAAUGGAGUUCAGGUACAAGAUCUUUCUGAAUGUAGAAAAGGGUGCUUCAUAGUCCUUGAAUAUAUGUGAAGGGCAUACCAUUCAUACCUAACAGUUUCACAUGUCAUUUAGGUAAAAUCUUUCUACAUUAUUCUAAUCAUCACUCUUUUUCUUUUUAUUUGUUGUGAUGUAUAGCCUGUCCUAGAUUAUCUGCAUUUAACUUGAGACUUGAAUCUACUAUCAAAAAUAAAUGAGUUAGGGUUUAGAUGCUACUUCAUGCUUCUUAUGGAAAAGUUUAAGCGGCUAGGGGAAGUUAUGUUGGCCUAUCUUUAUAUUUUCUCUUCCCCAAAGUAGGUGUCUCUGUUAAAUGCCUGAUAUUGAGUCAUGGCAUAACCAUGAGACUAGUACAUCGUACAUGUAAUUUCCUAGAACUCCCAAUAUGAUAAAGAAAUCAAAUAAACAAGUCUCAAAUAUGGCUCCCAGAGAAUGGAUUAAUACAAAACUAAUUUAUGUUUGCUAGUUGAAAUAGUCAUGGCGCACGUUAACUGGCUUAAUGAGACCUCUUCACCAAAACAACUAGAUAAGGAAGAAAGUUUAAUGUGAAUGACCCAAUUCACAUAGGAUUUUAUCACGUGAUAACUUAAGUAAUUGUAGCAAGUGAAUGUACAUUUUUUACCAUGUGAUAACCCAGUCAAGGCAGCUAGUUGCUAGCCUCCCCUUUGAGCCUCCUUUGUAGAAACACAUUAGUGAAGUUCUUAAGCCUAUGGUGCAGAACGAGCUACAUUUUACAAUAUUAUUUCUUAGUGAAGAGAUCGGCUAUUUGAUCUUAGGAAAAAUACUAUGAUGUGAAACCGAAAGUAAUUCAGUGUAAACAGUAUCAUAUGCUAGUCAUAAAUCUAUAAAAAUUCUUGCCCGGGCCAAAGAUAUUGAAUACACAUAAAACUGAUCCUA